AUGGCAGAACGUGGUGGUGGAGACCGUGGUGGCUUCGGCAGCGGAUUCGGCGGAAGAGGAGGACGUGGCGGUCGUGGCGACAGAGGCCGUGGUGGUCGUAGAAGAGCCGGCGGAAGACGUGAAGAAGAAGAAAAAUGGGUUCCAGUGACCAAGCUAGGUCGUCUCGUCAAGGAAGGAAAGAUCCGCACCGUCGAAGAGAUCUACCUCCACUCUCUCCCAAUCAAGGAGCACCAAAUCAUCGACACACUCGUCGGUCCAACCCUCAAGGACGAAGUGAUGAAAAUUAUGCCGGUUCAGAAACAAACCCGAGCCGGUCAGAGAACCCGGUUCAAGGCCUUUGUUGUCGUCGGUGACAGUAACGGUCACGUUGGUCUCGGUGUUAAGUGCAGCAAGGAAGUUGCUACUGCGAUUCGCGGUGCGAUUAUCUUGGCUAAGCUUUCUGUUAUUCCUGUUAGAAGAGGCUAUUGGGGUAACAAGAUCGGAAAGCCGCAUACUGUUCCUUGUAAGGUUACCGGAAAGUGUGGGUCGGUUACUGUUCGUAUGGUUCCGGCUCCUCGUGGUUCUGGAAUUGUGGCUGCUAGGGUUCCGAAGAAGGUUUUGCAAUUCGCUGGUAUUGAUGAUGUUUUCACCUCAUCUAGGGGAUCCACCAAAACCCUAGGAAAUUUCGUCAAGGCGACUUUUGAUUGUUUGUUGAAGACCUAUGGUUUUUUGACACCUGAGUUCUGGAAGGAGACUAGGUUCGCCAAAUCUCCUUUCCAAGAGUACACUGAUUUGUUGGCCAAGCCUACUGGAAAGACCCUGAUUCUUGAGGAAGAAAGAGUAGAGGCUUGA